AUGAGCUCAACACAAGAAUUAGCGAGCAACGAUAUUCCAGUCGUAUUCGAGGGGACAGGCGAGGAUUGGCCCAUCAUUGCUGUAAUGGGCGUGACAGGGGCAGGGAAGAGCACCUUCAUAUCCGAGCUUGUCAACAACAAAAAUAUCAUCAUAGGCCACACCCUCAAGUCUGAAACGAAGCUCACAGCCGCCUACUACUUGGAUCAUGAAGUCCACGGUCGGAUCGAGCUCCUCGACACGCCGGGAUUCGACGACACUUUUUCCGCCGAUACGGAGGUGCUGCGUGAGAUCGCAGCCCGCAUGUCCAGAAUGUACGAGGACGGCAAGAAGCUUGCGGGCAUCAUAUACCUGCAUCGCAUAUCCGACAACCGCAUGACGGGCUCCGCUCUCCGGAACCUGCGUAUGUUCAAAGAACUCUGCGGCGAGAACGCAUACAAGCACGUUGUCUUGGCUACGAGCAUGUGGUCCAAGGAGAACUUUGGCGUGGCGAAACGGCGGGAGCACGAGUUGAUUGGUGAUGGUGGCUUCUGGGCCGAGAUGGCCACGAGGGGGAGCCCAGUUCGGCGAUGGCACAACUGCGAUUCGGCAUUCGAGGUUAUCGACCUGCUCAUGUCGGAGAAGGAGGCACACGGUCCUGCCACGCUGCAGAUCCAGCGCGAGCUCGUCGAUGAACAGAAGCGUUUGGAGCGCACUGCGGCAGGUCAAGAGGUGGACCGCGAGCUGAACAAGAUUCGCGACAUGUUUGAAAAGCAACUGCAGCGUUUACGCGACGAGAACAGGGUCGCCAUGGACGAACAGGACGUCGAGUGGCAGACGGCCCUGCUCGAGCAACGGAAAGAGCUCGAGAAGCAGCAACACCUCAUCGAGGAUGGACAAAAGGCCAUGCAAGUGAGUGUCGCGGAGCUGCACGAGGAGAACAGGGAAAAGUACAGCCGGGAGAUUUUGCGGCUUAAGGACGAGUUGGAAAGGGCGAAGCUGGCUACGGAGACAAAGGAGGCAGAGAUUGAGGCAAACACAAACAGGUAUGAGAGCCUACUAAAGAAACUAGGCGGCAAAACAGAAUCGGAACAGAACGACGAGGAUCAAAAGGAGCUACAAGACACUGAAGAAGAAAAAAAGAAACUUUUGGAGGAGCUUGAAAAGAAGAAAAAGGAGCAGAGCAAGCUCACUGCAUGGUUGUUGUUGCUUGGCCAUAUGAUUGCAACAGCUACAAGCAUAGCAGUGCAACUUGUCGUGUAG